GACGACGUUGGUGUCGAUGUUUAUAGUUGUAUCGAUCCGCCCACCAGGUUCGGAAGUUGGCGCGAUGGCGGAUACCCAUGAAACCGUCCGUAAAAAACAGAAAAUGUCCAAAGUUUGGGAUCACUUCAGACUUAAAGAAUAUAACAUAGUGCAAUGUGACCACUGCCAAGCAGAACUGGCCUUCCACAGCAGCACGUCGACGAUGAUUUCCCAUCUGAACCGAAAGCAUCCAAUUGUGGUCUCCAGCUCAACGAGCGUCGACGACGCGAGCACACCACUCGGUCGCCCAUUUAUGUCAUGCUCUGUCAAAGAAGCUGCCUUACUAACGGAGAGCAUUUUGAAUAUGCUGGUCGCUGAUAUGCGCCCACUGUCCAUGGUUGAUGACAAGGGAUUUAGAAAGAUGAUUUCAACUUUCAACCCUAAGUACAGCAUGCCAUCAUUAACUUAUUUCACAAAUAUGAUGGAAAAGAAGCACCAAGAAAUGACAGCGAAAUUAGAAAAUGUCCUUCAGGACACAGAGUGUGUUGCUUUGACCACAGACUUCUGGACAAGUGUGGCCACGGAGGCCUAUCUCGGGGUGACGUGUCACUUUUUGGGGGAAGAUUGGGAGAUGAAGUCCCUCUACCUAACAACGAUGCGUCUCGAAGAGAGGCACGCAGCUGCCGAUAUUGCGGACUGGCUGGAGGAGACUGUCGCCAAAUUUCAUAUUCCAUUCACAAAGGUCAAGGUAGUUGUCCAUGACAAUGGGGCCAAUGUAGUGGCGGCGGCAGGAAUUUUGGAGGACAGGCAUGGCUGGGCAUCUCUGAGAUGCUCAGGGCACACUCUGAAUCUAGUUGUACAGAAUACGCUUAAAAACAAAGACACCAUUGCUAAUUGUGUGGAUUCUGCAAGAUGCUUGGUUGAACAUUUUAACAAGAGUGAACUGGCCUGUAACAAACUGAAAGAAAAGCAGCAAGAAAUGGGAAUGGUGCCACUCAUGUUGAUUCAGGAUGUAAGUACUCAGUGGAACAGCACAUAUCACAUGCUGUCCAGGCUCCUCGGACAAAGAUGGCCCGUGACCGCGGCUCUUUCCGAUCCUGAAGUCAAUACAAUAGCCAAACAGCACUACCUGGAUCUAAAUCCAGAGCAGUGGAGCCUCGGUGAGGAGCUGGCUCAGGUCCUAGGCCCAUUUGAAGGAGUGACAGAGUUUCUGAGUGGGGAACAAUAUGUUACUCUCUCUGCUCUUCCACAGCUAGUGCACAACCUCAAGAAAUCAACACUGAGUGUGGCAUUUAAAACUGCCUCAGUAAGGGCAUUCCAGGCUCAAGUGGCAGAACAGAUCACAGAGAGAUGGCAAAAACUGUUUUUAUUUCAACCGGAAGGUCCUAACACUGUCCUCCUGGCUGCCGCGUUGGACCCGAGGUUCAGAAAACUGAAGUUCUUGCCUGCUGAAGAUGUGUUUAAGGUCCAAUGCACAAUCCAAUCCAUGGCACUGGCUGUCAAAAAGAAAGCAAGAGAGUCAAAUGAAAGCGGAAAUGAAGUCACCGCCAAAUCAAAAGACUGUUUAGGUACCAAAUAUGGAUCAUUGCUCAAAAGUAUGCUGGGCUCAUCAUCAGACUCCAGCAGCAGCAGCGAUGAGGAGAAUGAGGAUGAGAAUGAGCAGCUACGUCAAGCGGUGCAAAGGGAGGUCUUGCAGUAUUUUGGAGAACAACCUCUCUCCAAGAAGGAGAAUCCACUACCAUGGUGGAAAACAAAUGCCAUUCGAUAUCCGACUUUGGCAAAGCUGGCCAAGUCGUUUUUGGCUAUCCCGGCGACAUCGACAUCCUCAGAGCGUUUGUUUUCUACUGCUGGAAACUUUGCCCCUAAGCGGAGGGCAAGUCUUAGUUCUGAGCAUGUCGAUAUGUUGACUUUUCUUCAUUGUAAUCAUAAGAUCUUGUAAUGUCUUGCAGUUCUAUGCAAAUGCAUCAAGACAAAACACACACAGGCUCACCCUACCUACCUCAUGGUGCCUUUCAGAAGUUUGGCUAGUGAUUACAACUACUAAGCCUAAAUGGGCUGGAACUUUAUUUUUUUCAUAUGUUGCCAUAUGUUGACCCAUAUUGUGUAUUGAAUCCGUUUUUAAACACAAAGUGAACUUUCCUUCCUUUGAUUUUUCUCUAUGGCAUUUAGUGAACAAUGUUUCGGUGUCCCAGUUAUAGACUUAGAUUUUUCACUUGUUAAAUGAAGGCGGCACGGUGGAACGACUGGUUAGAGCGUCUGCCUCACAGUUCUGAGGGCUGGGGUUCAAAUCCUGGCCCCGUCUGUGUGGAGUUUGCAUGUUCCUCCCCGUGCCUGCGUGGGUUUUCUCUGGGCACUCCGGUUUCUGCCCACACCUCGAAAACAUGCGUGGUAGAUUAAUUGAAGACUCUAAAUUUCCCGUAGGUGUGAAUGUGAGUGCGAAUAGUUGUUUGUUCAUAUGUGCCCUGCGAUUGGCUGGCAACCAGUUCAGGCUGUUCCCUGCCGCCUGCCCAAUGAUAGCUGGGAUAGGCUCCAGCACUCCCGCGACACUCGUGAGGAUAAGCGGCUCAGAAAAUGGAUGGAUGGACUUGUUGAAUGAACUUUUUUACAACUUUCUAAUUCAUUGAAAUGCACUUGUAGAUGCCACUCAUGCUUUAAAAAAUAUACAAAUUUCAAGUACCUUUUCAAACAAUAAUGCCCAAUUUUUACUGCACUGCUUGAUAUUGAGAGGAGCUAUUCAUAUUUUUUCUCCAGAUAAGCAAAAUUCCACCGAUUAGCUGAAGUAAGACUUGCCAGCUGAUUACGACUGGACUCAUCUACACCUAUGUUGUAACUUGUUUGUGCAGUCACAAUUGCACUGAGAGGUGUGUGCAGCUCCCAAUAGGUCAGUACUAUCAAUAUCUGCGAACAGAAAGCUAGCAUAGUAAGAAUUAAGAGGUUCUGUGCCAUAUCCUUUGUAAAGCAUAAUAGUGUUAAAUAAACACUGCAGUCACACCGGUUUCUUUUAUAUUUAAUUGUAUAUCAAUAUUUGAAGUUUUAAAAAGCAAACAUCUGUUAAUUACAGUAUUUUUCUUAUUAAGAAAACGGGGAUCAAUAGUUCAAAAACUUUACGUGAUCAGUUUUGGAUUCUGCACCCAAAAAUUUGUUAAAAUAGUUGUCAGACCCAACUCAACAAAAAUUGUGUUGUGCCUAACUUUUGAUGAGGUUCUUGGAUUUGAACACGUGCAAAACGGCUGUUGUGGACUAAUGAACUGAAUUCUUUACAAAUUUUUGUUUGUAAAUAAAAUUUACAAAAUAUUUGCAACGUAGUGAAAUAGUGUUUAGCACAUCUGCCUCACAGUUUUAAGGUUUGGGGUUCAAAAUCUUGGCUCUGACUGUGGUGUUUGUACAGGUGCAUCUCAAAUUAAAAUAGUAUUAAGAGAGUUCACUGUAUUUCGGCAUUGCGAUAGUGAACCUCAUAAAUUGUACUGAUUCAUUUAAAACAAGAAAAUACGUUUCAGAAGUUCAACGCCAACCUCAUUUCCUUUUUUCGGCAAUUUCUUGGAGAUGGUAAAAUAUUGGUUUUCUUAGCUGUAAGCUAAAAUCACCAGCCAUCCAUUUUCCGUACCGCUUAUCCUCACUAGGGUCGCAGGCGUGCUGGAGCCGAUCCCUGCAGACUCUGGGCGAGAGGCAGGGUACACCCUGAACUGGUCGCCUAUGGGCAAUUUAGAGGAAAUCGGAGUACCUGCAGAAAACCCACGCAGGCACAGGGAGAACACGCAAACUCCACACAGACAAGCCCGGAUUUGAACCUGGGUCCACAGAACUGUGAGGCAGAUGUGCUAACCACUGUCCUGCCCAUAAAACCACCAACAAAAAAUAAAAGUUUCCUCUGUGUCGUGAAUCUAUUUUUCAGUUUUUGAAUCGAACUACAGAAAUACAUGGUUUUCUAAUUCAAAUUUAUUUAGAUGCAUCUUUUUCUACAAUUGCUUGCAUGGGCUUCCUCCCACGUUCCUAAAACUGCUCUGGUUAUUCAUAUGUGCCCUGCGAUUGACUAGCGACCAGUCCAGUGGAACUUCACCUCUUGCCCAAAGCCAAGAGGGAUAGACUGCUGCUCACCUGCAACCCCACUGAGGACAACACUAAAGAUGGAUGGACAUUUUUAUAGUUUCCAGUUAUUAAUUUCAAGAAACUGCUCGAAAUCUCAUUUCCAUGAGUUUAUCCUUUUCAGGGUCACGGGAACCUGGACCCAAUCCAGGCUGGUUUAGGGCAAAAAGGAAGACGACACCCUGGAUUGGAAAUCAGGCAUUUACAGAGCACACAAGAUAGAUAUCCAUUAACACAGCCACUCAGUACGAACUGAAUCCAUGCUGUCUGCUGUUUAGUUGAAUUAAAAAAAUAAAAUAAUGAA